CAGCAGUGGCCCUGUUGAGCAGAUGUUACCGUCAGAGAGACAGAGUUGCUGCUGCUGCUGCAACAAGAGACAAGACGCGUCUUGGAUCACAAAUAGGGGGAUGCAGAGCGCAUGCGCACUGCGCUCCGUUUACUGUAGGAUAUUCACCGUAGAGGAAAAAAAGGGGGACAGGCAUCAAAUCUUUCAAAAACGGCAAAAACCCGACUUGUGCCAUGUAACUACACAACAGGAGGGACGUGAAACAGGAUUAUCAACAGGGACUCUUUUUUUCCUAGGUGUGAUGAGACAAAGAAACAACGGAUGCCUUAGAGAAGAGGUUGCCUGUAUGCCUGGAAACCUCUUCAAAGCACACCACCAAAUGGAUCAAACACCUCCCCCUGCCACAUCUAGAUCAUGAUACUUGGCUGAAGCUAUCCCGCUACAUUUAUGAUCCCUCCUCCAUCUAUGGCGAACUAUAGCCAUGCAGGGGACCACACCAUCUUGCAGAAUGUCUCUCCUCUCGCUACAUUCCUUAAACUGACCUCUCUGGGUUUUAUCAUUGGAGUCGGUGUGGUAGGGAACCUCCUGAUCUCCAUCCUGCUGGUCAAAGACAAGAGCCUGCACCGGGCGCCCUACUAUUUUUUGUUGGACCUGUGCACCUCUGACAUCCUGCGCUCAGCCAUCUGCUUCCCCUUUGUCUUCACCUCGGUAAAGAAUGGAUCUGCCUGGACCUACGGCACGCUAACCUGCAAAGUGAUUGCCUUCCUGGGUGUGCUCUCUUGUUUCCACACAGCAUUCAUGCUAUUCUGCGUCAGCGUGACCCGUUACCUGGCCAUAGCGCAUCACCGCUUCUAUACCAAGAGGCUGACUUUCUGGACGUGCUUAGCUGUCAUUUGCAUGGUGUGGACGUUGUCAGUGGCUAUGGCGUUCCCUCCGGUGCUAGAUGUUGGGACGUACUCCUUCAUCCGAGAGGAGGACCAGUGCACCUUCCAGCACCGUUCCUUCAGGGCGAACGAUUCGCUGGGCUUCAUGCUCCUGCUGGCGCUAAUCCUCCUGGCCACGCAGCUGGUUUACCUCAAACUCAUAUUCUUCGUCCACGACCGUCGAAAGAUGAAGCCCGUCCAGUUUGUGCCUGCCGUCAGCCAGAACUGGACCUUCCACGGGCCAGGCGCCAGUGGGCAAGCGGCGGCUAACUGGCUGGCUGGAUUUGGUCGUGGCCCCACCCCACCCACCUUGCUUGGCAUCCGACAGAACAGCAACGCAGCGGGCCGCAGGCGUCUUCUAGUGCUGGACGAAUUCAAAACGGAGAAGAGGAUUAGUAGGAUGUUCUACAUAAUGACGUUUUUCUUCCUGGCGCUAUGGGGGCCCUACCUGGUUGCCUGCUACUGGCGGGUGUUUGCAAGGGGCCCCGUGGUCCCCGGAGGUUACCUGACAGCAGCUGUGUGGAUGAGUUUUGCCCAGGCUGGGGUCAAUCCUUUCAUCUGCAUCUUCUCCAACAGGGAGCUGCGGCGCUGCUUUAGCACCACGCUCCUCUACUGCAGAAAAUCCAGGUUACCAAGGGAACCCUACUGCGUUAUAUGAUGGUUUUGCUGGAGUUUUUUAACCGUCUAUGUCUCUAUUACCCUGAUUGAUCUUGAUCUGGGCUCGUAUCCAUUGUACAGCGCACUCUCUCUUUCCAUGUCUCUUCGUCUCAUCCUCCAGUUUCGGCCCCAGCUCCUCCUUUCUCGUGACCCUUCUCCUCAGACGUAGAGGCGGAACUGCCAAUCCCGUGGCUCUGCCGGAAUUAUCAAAUAUAAAAACAAACGAGGAAGGGAAUGGGAAUACGUGGAUGGUAUGGAUCUCUUCCUGCGUUUAUGUUCUAGUAAACAGACAUGGUGGAAGGCCAUACCGAAGCAGAGAAGCAAAAAGUUUGUUUUUUGUAUUAAUUUUUUUUGACAAAAAACACUGAAAAGAAAACCUGCUUUGGAUAAUUUGAGGAUGCUUUACUCUGUGAUGUGUGAAAUACAAAAAAAUAUAAAAAGUAGAUCGAAAAAGAGCAUAAAACAAAGAAACAAUACCUCUCAAGGAAUUAUUGGAAAUGUUUUACAGUUUAAGAGUUGCACUAAAAAGAAGAUGUAAAGAUGCUUUUUUUUAUUGGUCGAUGGUUGCCAGCUGCGUUGCAAGGACAACUUUUCCUCCAUUCUUUUGUUUUCUUCAAAGUAAAAAAAAACACACGAAUGCUUUAAUUUGCAACAGACAACAGAAUUGCUGUAAGUAAAAGCAAACCUUGGUGACUGUUGGGAUACACCAUCACUGGAGGAUAAAAUGGUUUUAAUGUAAGUGAUAUCUUUUUCCAUUUCUUGGGCGGGGGUGGGGCGCUAUGAUCGGGGUGGGGGAUUGACAACGUGUGGUGUUUUUGAAGUUGCAACUUUGAACUAGACUUUAUUUCUCGUACUUUUACGUUCCAUUAUGUCCCCGUUGUCUGGCUUUGUUAUUUUCUUAACAGUUUUUACAAAAAAAAGAGGAAAAACAAAGAAGUGAUGGGUGGCUUUUGGGUGGGGGAAUGAACUUUGUGCUUCAAAAAGACAUUGAAGAAGUAGUUAAAUGUUUCAUCUGAUCCGUGUACCUAAACACUCUCAUAUUGUUACAGUAUUGCUGAUGCCACUCCGGGUGUUCUUGCCUUAACGGAUGAUAUUGUCAUGUUUCUCGGUUUAUGUUUUGCCUUUCUUUAGGUGCAAGGGGAGUUUGUUUUUUCUGUCACACGAGCGUGAAAAUGCAUGUCCAUUUUUAAAAGCUGGUCCACUCCCAUGAGCAUCAUCACAGGCCAUAAACCGAACAGCCCUUGGUUUUUAAUUUAAUUUUUUUUUUUUGUAGUUCAGCAAUGGUUUGCAACACCCCACAGAGUGCGCCAAGCACAGGGAGUGUAUGUAUGUGUGAGGGUGUGUGUGUGUGUUUGAAUGGAUGCGAUGAUGUGUGUGGAUUAGACAACCGUCACUUCAAGACCAGAGCCUUAGUACUAAAUCUUGCACAAUUUGUAAAAAAUGUAAAAGGAAAAAAAAAAGACAUUUAAGGCACACUUGUCUUGUUUCUACUUUCCCUACAUUUGCUCUCUACUGAUUGUUUUCAAUGAUUUUUCUCUCUCUCUUGUGGCCAUUUUAAUAUUUAUUAUGUAUUCAUUUUUGUAUAUUAUAGAUAGUGUGUAAGUAUGUGAGUCUUUUAUUUUGAAGUUCCGAAUGUGAGUACAGUUUUGGUUAAGAUUGCAUUUGCUGAAAGUUAACUGUGUAAUCUGUUGCUUUUUUGAAAAUAAAACCGUUUCAAUUUUGCCAAA